AUGUCUGGGGAUGAUGGAUAUUUCCCGCGCCUGCUAAAUCAUUCAGCGAGCGACGGACCGUCCGACUGCCUGCACUACAUGCAGACGGGCUGCGACUUGGUGAAGGUGCGCUCCACCUCUCGCCAGUAUCACCGCUACUUCAUGCUGGAUGAGGACAUGUCAGCCCUGCGGUGGCACCCGACGUCGAAGAAACCUAACAAGGCGAAGAUUCCCGUCGGAGAACGUCAAGGAGCGUUCGGCGCCGGCAUGAACACGACGUGCUUCCGACCACAUGGAGCCGAGCAAUCGGAGUGCCAACCAAGAUGGGAGUGGAUACCCGUGCCCAUCUUGUUGUCGUCGUCGUUUCUUAACUCGCGCUGUGCCGCCGCCAUCACCUGGCUGAGUAAGGUGUUCACGGCGGUGACGUCACGCACCGACGGCAGCUACCUGGACGAGCAGGAGGUGGUCGAGCUCGUGCAGAAGCUCAACCCGAGCAUCUCCAACAAUCGCAUACGACUCAAGUUCAAGGAAAUCGAACAGAGCAAGCCCCCGGACGAGGAAAAGGGCCGUCUCAGCUCCAAGGAGUUUGCCGACCUUUACAAGGAAAUUUCAACCCGACCCGAGAUAUAUUUUUUAUUAGUUAGAUACGCUAGCAAUGAUUUCAUGACCGUCGAUGAUCUGAUGUUGUUUUUGGAAGCCGAACAAGGGGCUUCACCAGCUAUUUGCUCUCCGACGAAUGUGACGUAUUCGAGCCUGCACAUCGUGUCGUCUGCCAGGACAUGACUCAUCCGCUGCCACACUAUUUCGUCGCUACCUCUCAUAACACGUUUUUGCUGGAAGACCAAUUGAAAGGACCGGCGGGCGUGGAGGGCUUCAUCAGAGCGCUGCAGAGCGGUUGCCGUUGCGUUGAAAUGCACUGCUGGGAUGGAGCUGAUGGCGAUCCGGUAGUAUUCCACGGCCACACUCUCACGUCGAUGAUAUCCUUCAAGGCAGUCAUCGAAAGCAUCAACGAGUUUGCGUUCUGUGUCUCUGAGUAAGUACA